AUGCCUCGGCAGGAGGUGACUUUUGAGCGGAGGCCUGAAGGAGGAGCCAGUCAUGCAAAGAUCUGGCGGAAGAGUGUUCUGGGCAGGAGGCAUAGCAAGGGCAAAGGUCCUGAGGUGGACGCCCUCUUCACGAUUCCCAGACCCGCUCGGGCCUCGCCGCCUGCUCGGCCUUCCCAGGUGUAUGACGUGCCGACCCAGAGCCGGGGUCCCCCGGUGCGGAAGGAGCCAGAGAAGCAGCAGUUAUAUGACGUACCCGCCGGCCCCCAAAAGGCAGGACUUGGUCCCUUGGCCAGCCAACCAAGUGGGCAGAGUGCUCCCCUGACGUCAGCGAUCGCCUUGAGGCAAGGCGGCUACAACACGUUACCGAGCCCUCAGAAAUCUGAGUGGAUUUAUGACACGCCAGUAUCUCCGGAAAAAGCUAGUACGAGAAACGCAUCUCUAAGCAGCUUUGCAGAAGGAUCGGGGCCCCACACUCCCCCCAGUAUAUGCUGCUCCCCCCAGUAUAUGUCCAGCCUCCGCUGUCCUCCAAAUAGCAGAGCAAGGUCCCUCGAUCCAUACCUGCACAAAAAUGUGCCCAUGCAGAAAAAACUCAGCCUUCCAGAAAUUCCUACGUAUAAAUUUCUGGCCUCGAGGGACACGUUCCCCUUGGACGAAGGUGUCGGCUACAAGGUUCCUUCCAGCUUUCUGAUUCCCCGAGCGGAACAGCAGAACACCAAGCCAAACAUUUAUGACAUCCCUAAAGCAACGCCGAGAGGCCCUCAGGCCCAGCACGAGCUGGGGAGUGCUGACGGGGCUUCAGAGAACGUCGCGGACCGUGGCUCCUCGUGGCUCUCGGGACGGCCACCAUUGCUGUCUCCGGAAGCGGACAGCCUGUCCGUUUCCAGCUCCGACAGCCGAGCCAGCAUUGUCUCCUGCUCCUCCACGGCCACGGACUCUUCGUCCAGCUCCUGCUCAGAGGAGGCAGGGAAGGAGCUCUGCUUGGACCUGGACUGGGCCCGAGAGACAGCAGCGUCUCUGCAGCACAAGGUGGCCGGCUCUGUCGCAAGCCUGAUGCUCUUUGUCAGCAGGAGGUGGAGGUUCAGAGACUAUCUGGAGGCCAACGUCAGUGCCAUCCGCAGGGCCGCCGACCACGUGGAGGAGUCUUUGAGGGCUUUCCUGGAUUUUGCCCGCACGGUCCGUGGGACCGCCUGCAACCUCAGUGACACUCACCUUCAGGCCAGAAUUAGGGACCAGCUACAGACGAUCUCCAACUCCUACCAGAUCCUGCUCGGAACAAAGGAGAGCCUGGAUAGCUGCAAUUGGUCCCUGGAAGUCCUCGUGACGGACAAAGCCCAAAAGAGCCCGGACGACCUCGAGAGAUUUGUCACGGUGGCACGGAUGGUUCCGGAAGACGUCAAGAGGUUUGCCUCCAUGGUCAUUGCCAACGGGAAGCUCCUUUUCAAGCAGAACUGUGAAAAGGGAGACACCUUGCAAGUGACCCCAGACGCACAAUUUAAGUUUGCCGAAUGCAUCCAGCUUCCCCGAAGAGAAAUGGAAUUAUACCAAAGAAGUGCUCCUUCUGAUAAACAGAAGGAGAGGGAGCACUCCCCUGAAAUACUAAAGAAAAACGGGACGAGUAUCUGUGAACAGAAGUUGCCUAAUCUAGAAGAGACAGGAAAACCCAUCUUGGAACAAAGGUUGGAUGAAAACAAAAACCUCGAAGCACAGCAUCCCUGUUCCCCCACCCCCCGGCCUCUGAGUCAGCAGAACCCUGAGAAGAGAUUCCACCUUUCUCAACACUGCCGGCUCUAUUUCGGGGCACUGUUCAAAGCCAUCGGCGUAUUUAACAGCAGCCUGAGCAACAGCCAGCCCCCCGAGAUCUUCAUCGCGCAGAGCAAGCUGGUCAUCAUGGUGGGACAGAAGCUGGUGGACACGCUGUGCCAGGAGACCCAGGAGAGGGACAUGCGCAACGAGAUUCUCUGUGGCAGCAGCCACCUUUGCAGCCUGCUCAAGAACCUCGCGCUGGCCACCAAGCACGCCGUGCUCAAGUACCCCAGCCCGGCAGCCCUGGGGCACCUCCAGGCCGAGGCCCAGAAGCUGGAACAACACACUCGGCAAUUCCGGGGGGCGCUGGAAUGAGCCUCCUUCCCCUGCCUUCUCCCUGUUCACCUCUUAGCUUCAACUUGCCAGUCCCCAGCCGUGCAACUGUGUCCUAUGCGAAAAGCCAGCCCGGGGCCACAGCCAUGGGCAGAAACAGCCACGGUGGCCAAAGCCGGUAUUGCCAAGGGCCAAGCUACCCCAGGACAUUGACUUGUCCCAUAGAGAGCCAGGUAUUAAGUAAGGACCUCGCUAAGGUUUUAGCACAGCAUGUGGGGUCGGCGUACCAAGUGAUGUGGUAGAAACCAAUUUUAUGUUGGUUGAAUGCACGCCUGUCUUAAAUUCACUCAUUCAACACUUAUUUAUUGGGCGUGUACUAUAUGUCAGAUUCUAGGUGCUGGGCGUAUAGCAGUGAAUCAGAGCCCUUGACCUCAGGGAGUUUACAAUCCAGUGGGGAGAGGGACAAAUGCUGGAGAGAUACAUAUACAACGUAUCAGGUGCUAGGGUGAAAGUCAAGGAGGAGAGACUUAUUUUCAGAUGAUCAAUUCCUAUUGCGACCGUUAGCAAAUGUUCUGUUUUUCAUUUUGGACUGACUUAAUUCUGUGAGAUUUGGUACAAAUUAUGUAUCUGCCUCUUACACUCUGUACAUAUUUGCUGUUUCAUCUUAACCAAGUUAAAGACGCAUGUUAUAUUUCCAACAUAACACGUUGUGUUGGGUUCCUUGUUAAUUUAUUUUGUGUAUCACAGAUUCUGUGUCGCUAAAUUCAGCAUGCCCAAUCAGAAAAGGCUGAUGCUUCAACAGUCUCAAAUCUGCUACCAUUUAUAACGUCAUGUAAAUAUAAUCGUGACU